AUGUAUUUGCAGGCUUCGCGGUUAAGUAGCUGGAUUAAUCCUUUCUACAGAAAACUCGCAUUCCGCCCAAAAAUCACCACCUGGCCCAGACACCGAAGCUCGCGCUGCGCUCACGCGGCAGAGAUAGGGAGCGCCGGAGCGCUGCGAGUAUACUUUGCGGACGUAUAUGCGGUAGAGCUGCCGGCCGGGCAUCGCUUCCCUAUGGCAAAGUAUGAAUUAGUCAGGAGGAAGCUCGAAGCGGACAGCUCUUUCAAAGGAGUACCUUUUCUGGUAUCUCCACUCGCCGAGUUAGACGAUAUUCUGCUCGUUCACUCUAAGGACUAUGUUGACCGGUUUAUUAAGGGCAAACUCUCCGAUAUAGAGGUUCGACGUAUCGGAUUCCCGUGGAGCACAGCCCUUGUGCAAAGGACCCUGGCAUCCGUCGGUGGCACCGUAGCCUGCAUGCGUGAUGUUGUCGAGGGUCGCAGCAGGUGUGCAGCUCAGAUUGCUGGCGGAACGCAUCACGCGUUUCCGGACCAUGGAGAGGGCUUUUGCGUCUUCAAUGACAUCGCAAUUGCAGCUCGAGUAGCGCUCCGCGAUUAUGCACAGGUUAGAAGAAUACUCGUUCUCGAUCUCGAUGUGCACCAGGGGAACGGUGUGGCUGCGAUAUUCCAAGGAGAUAGUCGCGUGUUUACCUGUUCAUUUCACGGGCACGGCAACUAUCCUUUCAGAAAGCAAAAGAGCGACUUGGAUAUUGAGUUUGAGGACAAUACCGAUGAUACCGAUUAUCUACAGAUCCUAGAAGUCUGGUUGCCACGUAUCAUGGCGAAGCAUGAUCCAGAUCUCGUCUUUUACCAGGCAGGUGUCGACGCACUCGCUGAAGAUAAGCUCGGUCGCCUUGCGCUCACGAGGGCCGGGUUGCGACUUCGAAAUCAAAUCGUGCUCGACUAUAUUCUUCAGGAAUCUGAGGCAGGAAUCGUCAUUUGUAUGGGUGGUGGCUACGCAGACCCGAUUACCAAGUCCGUUGACGCACACGCGGAUGUUUACCUGGAUGCGCACUUUGCGCUUGCCCGAUACCGUAAGGCAAAUAAGAGAAUAUCAAGCAUCGAUAGCAAUAUUUCGCGUUUAUGA